UGCAUAAAAGCCCCACCCCACCAAUCCCUAACUCCAAUCAUUUCAACACAAUAAUGGUAACAAGCCGAUGGCCCUCUCCCUCUCUGUAUCAUCCCCAUCUUCUCCCCAUUCUUUUCAUCUGUUUUUCACUUCCCCUCUUCUUAGCUCGCGAUGAGGGCCUGCCAAUUGGACAUGGAUAUGGAUAUACCCUUAAAUCUAUUUCCAAGAUUUCCAGCCCAUCUUCACUCACUGCCACUCUUCAGCUUAUCAAAAGUUCCUCCAUUCUUGGUCCAGACAUUCAUAAUCUCAACCUCACAGCCAGUUAUGUAACUGAUGAUUGUCUCAGAGUCCGAAUUACAGACUCUGAUAACCCGAGAUGGGAAGUCCCACACGAUAUCAUCCCCCGCCAAACCCCACUCCACCAUAAUCUCCUUGUCUCAAAUGGAAUUGAAGACCACCAUUUCCUCUCAACUCCCAACUCAGACCUCGUCUUCACCCUCCAUAACACCACCCCCUUUGGCUUCACCAUCUCAAGGUCUUCAGACGGUGACAUACUUUUUGACACCUCACCGGUUCCAGGCGUUCCCGACACUUUUCUUUUGUUCAAAGAUCAAUACCUCCAAAUCUCAUCUUCACUCCCACCAACCAGGUCCAACCUUUACGGCCUUGGUGAGCACACAAAGAGUUCUUUCAACCUCAAACACAACCAAACACUUACUCUCUGGAAUGCUGACACUGGAAGUGACAAUCUUGAUCUCAACUUAUACGGAUCCCACCCUUUCUACAUGGACGUCCGCAGCCCCGUGGGAACUGCUCAUGGGGUAUUGUUGCUCAAUAGUAAUGGCAUGGACAUAGUCUACACUGGUGAAAGAAUUACUUACAAGGUGAUAGGUGGUGUUCUUGAUUUCUUUCUAUUUGCUGGACCGUCUCCCAAAAUGGUCAUGGAUCAAUACACACAGCUUAUUGGUCGUCCUGCUCCAAUGCCAUACUGGUCUUUUGGAUUUCAUCAGUGCCGAUGGGGUUAUGAAAAUGUAAAUGUUGUUGAGCAAGUGGUCAGCCGGUAUGCCGAAGCUGGGAUUCCACUCGAGGUUAUUUGGACGGAUAUUGACUACAUGGAUGGUUUCAAGGAUUUUACACUUGACCCCAUUAAUUUCCCAUUGGAGAAGAUGAAGAGUUUUGUCGACUUGAUUCACCAAAAUGGUCAGAAGUACGUUCUCAUCCUUGAUCCUGGCAUUAGUGUGAACCAGACAUAUCAGACAUACAUAAGGGGAAUGCAAGCAAACAUAUUUAUACAACGAGAUAAUAUCUCAUACCAGGGGGUCGUUUGGCCUGGGAAUGUCUACUACCCUGAUUUUCUAAAUCCUGCAGGCGAAACCUUUUGGAGCAAUGAGAUCAGUAUCUUCCACAAUCUUCUCCCGUUUGACGGCCUAUGGCUUGACAUGAAUGAGAUAUCUAAUUUUAUAACCUCAUCUCCUAGUGCAGGCUCCACACUCGAUGACCCUCCUUAUAAAAUAAACAACUCAGGAGCUCAAAUUUCGAUCAGUAGUAGAACUGUUCCUGCUACUUCUCUGCAUUUUGGCAAUAUCACAGAAUAUAAUGCUCAUAACCUCUAUGGGCUAUUAGAGUCCAAAGUCACGAAUCAGGCAUUACUCAAACUGACUGGUAAAAGACCAUUUAUACUGUCCCGAUCAACUUUUGUGGGAUCUGGAAAAUUCACAGCACAUUGGACUGGAGAUAAUGCAGCCACAUGGGAUGACUUGGCAUACUCGAUUCCAAGCAUCUUGAGUUUUGGACUGUUUGGCAUCCCUAUGGUUGGAGCAGAUAUAUGUGGCUAUUCUGGAAAUACUACUGAAGAGCUUUGUCGACGUUGGAUACAGCUAGGGGCCUUUUAUCCAUUCUCAAGGGACCAUUCUGCAAAAGACACCAUCCGUCAAGAACUCUAUCUCUGGGAUUCUGUGGCCUCAGCGGCCAAGAAGGCACUUGGCCUCCGGUAUCAGUUACUUCCAUACUUGUACAUGCUAAUGUACGAGGCACAUAUGAGAGGGACCCCCAUUGCUCGGCCUCUUUUCUUCUCAUUCCCUCAAGACACAAACACUUACGAAAUCAACUCUCAAUUUCUUCUUGGUAAAGGGGUACUGGUCUCACCUGUGUUGAAGCAAGGGGCCGUCUCAGUUGAUGCAUACUUUCCAAUGGGGAAUUGGUUCAGCCUCUUUGACUACUCAAACUCCUUGAGUGUGAAAAAUGGAAAAUACGUAACACUUGAUGCACCAUCCGAUCAUAUAAACGUCCAUGUCCGAGAAGGGAACAUACUAGCAAUGCAAGGACAAGCUUCGACUACACAGGCUGCUCGAAAGACACCGUUUAAGCUUUUGGUGGUUCUGAGCAGCAAUGAGAACAGCACGGGGGAAGUGUUUCUGGAUGACGGAGAUGAAAUUGAGAUGGGAAAAGAAGGAGGAAGGUGGAGUUUGGUACAGUAUAAUGGCAAUAUAUCUGGAAGCACAGUGAGGUUGGAAUCAAAAGUUGUUAAUGGAGAGUAUGCUGUGAGUAAGGAAUGGAUGAUAGAAAACGCAACCAUUUUGGGAUUGAGCAACAGUGUGGGGUUAAAGAGCUUUGAGGUUCUAAUAAAGAGUGGAGGCAAUUGGAUGAAGAGCACUAUGGGAAGAAGUAGUUUAAAGAGGAGUGGACAGUUUGGUAUAGUUGAGUU